AUGGAGAGAACCAGAAGAGCGGCAAAGAGGUCGCCGCAGACCGAGCUUAACGAAAUUGACCGGGAACUGUUCGGCGAGGAGGAGCUGGAGAUCCUGCAAAGGGGACACAGGUCCAGCGAUGAGGAUGGCCGAAGCGAGGAAAACCCUGCGGACAGCGAAUUGUUAGCGGUGAACCAAGAGGAUUUUAUCAUCUUAGAAGGGGCCACCAGCAAUGGGACCUCCACGAGUGGCGGAAGUAACGAGGAGGACUCCAACUCAGAUGUGCAGCUCGUCCAGGAGGAAAUUCUGCCCAAGGAGGGAAUUCCCCAAAGGAAAGCUGGCCCUUCGCAGAGGAAGGCUGCAACCCCCCAAAAGAGAGGCAAUGCCAAAGAAGAGGCCCACUCUCACGAGGAAAAAGCACAGAGAAAGAAAAAGAACAAGAUAGAUGAUGCAGAGGAGCAGGAAAACCCACUGUCCAGCGAAAACGUAUCGAACUUCAUCCAACUGAGGAGCAAAAACAUAAAAAAAAAAAUUGAAGAAAAUAAACUAAUCACGCAUAUGCUCUGUUGGCUAAGCCACCUCCAAUUCUUAAACAACACAUGCAACAACAAGUUUGUCCAAGCGCUAAUAUACUCUGUCUAUGUGAAUUACCAAAAAGGGGAAGACAGCAAGCUGUAUAGGGAUCCUAUUUACUUGUUCUUGUUUAUAAAGAGCACAUUCGAACUUGUCAUCGAUGGGAAGUCUUGGGUGUCUGGAGAACAGCAUGUGACUAGAAACCUUCGUGGCUCCAUUCUAUUCCGCUUCCUCAGAUGUGUACAAAGGAGAAAGGGAAACAAUGUACUGAUAAAUCUACUUUUUAUCUCCCUUUGUAGAUGCUUAAAUAUUCCCAGCCGUCUCUGUUUAACGCUGCCCAGUUUGAAAACCGAAAUUGAUUUGGGGCAGGACAAGUGGUUGUUGAAAAAGUGCGGUGAGGAAUAUCACUCUGAUUUUAGCAGAAGUAUUUUUUAUCGUCAAUUUGUUAACUCAGUCAGUGAGGGGAGCAAUGACGAGAACAAUGUGGGUAGUUUCGCUGAUGGGGGUGAAGCGGGCAGCCGCGAUGAUGGAGGUGAAGAGGCCAACCGCGAUGAUGGAGCUGAAGAGGUCAACCGCGAUGACGAUGUGAUACUUAUCGACAGGGAGGAAUUCCUUCAAAGCGGAUUGAACACUUACGCGAGCCCAUUCAGCCAAGGGGACAAGACAAAUAGUGGGAAAGGCUCCAGAAAAGUGGUGAAAGACGAAACGGCCCAAUUUAACAUCUUCUCCGAGUGCUACUCAAGCAGCUUCAACAAAUGGGUGUCCUUCUUCUUCUGCUUUAACGUCUACUAUUUUAAUUUUGUGAAUUUCUCCAAAUAUGACAGCUCUGUUGCGCACGAAGAUAAGGCCUUUCACAUUUUGCUGCCCCUUCCGAAGAACCCCGAAGAGAUAAGAACGUUCAGGAGGCAGCGACGGGCCAGUACCCUGGGCGGCUUUGCGCGAUCGCUCUUCAUGCGCAAGGGGGGGGAAGGCGGUACAGGACGUAGAGGAAGUGAAGACGGCAGUAAAAGCGGUAGUGAAAUCAGCAGCGAAAAUGACAGUCAAAACAACAGUGAACGUGAACAUGGCGGAGUACGCCGCUGCGAACGUGGGAGCGACCCUCCCUGCGGCCGAGACGGCGAAAGGAAAGCAACGCGAGGGGACCCUAAAGUGUCCCGAGCGGAAGCUUCCCCGGUUAUAACGAAGAGAAGUAGUACCCAGUCCAGCACCCAGACCGGGUGGGGAACGCCUCCAGCAGAUAGUAUACACACUGGAGAGAAAAAUAAGGAGGGCUGUCCGGGAACCCUAGAAAGAAAUAGCUUCCCCGGAGGAAGAACAAUCCCAUCAGUGAUAGAUAACUUGGGUAGCUCGAAAUUUAAAAUUUUGAGCGACAACACCCAGGGGAAGAUGUACCUCGAGAGGGACAACAAGUUUUUCAUAGUUGACAAGAAGAGCAAGCGAGUGCUUCGGAUUGCCUACUUGGAGACGCCGGCGCAGGGGGGUUGCCCUCAAGAGAGCGUCCAUCUAGGCAGCGCCCAUCCAGAGAGGACCCACCCGCAGAGCCUCCACCCAGAUGGGAAGAAAUCCCCAAUGGGAGGUAAGCGGACGAAGGGAGGGCGGGAACCCCCCCUGUACGACUUCGAGCGGGAAGAAGAAAACAACGAAAUAGUGAACUCGCUAGCGAACAUAUACAGCUCUGGGGGGAAGAGGAAUUUGUUGCUAAAUCAGAUCAGGGAGUUGCGUCUAGCCAACAUAAAGUUACGAGGUGAUGCCAACAGUGUCAAUAUGCGGGGGGAGAUGCAAAACUACGGAGAGGUCACUUACGAUAAGAUGGCGAACCCAGUGAAGGCAUCUUCACUGGAGGGAAAGUACAUAAAGGUAUACAUAAAUAGCAACGUAUAUAAAUUUCUCUACAACCUGGACCAUUACAAUUUGUACAUAUGUAUUAACCAAUACGGCAUCGUGCGUGAUGUGAGUGUGCGCCAUAAGCUGAGGUACAGCGGUGGGGGGAGUGGUCAACGAAGUGGCGAGAGAAGCGACCAUGGAGGCGGCCAGCGAAGCCGAGGAAACAGCAGAAAUGCCAUCAUUAAGGGAGACAGCCAAUGCAACGCGGUGAGGAACCAUUUCCGACGACUUGCCUACCAAAUUAACAAAAAGAAAUAUAAUGACUUCGAAGAAGCACUGGACAAAUUAGACGAUGAGUAUUUGUACAAUCUGUAUCUCACCAACAUGAUACCGACAGAGAAAACGGAUUUUCUCAAAUCCAGUUACUAUAUAUUAAGAUCCAUGCUGAAGAAGAACCAGGUGAUUUAUCCGAAUGCCCCCGUUGGGCUCUUCAAGGGAGAAAAUGUCUACUUGAGAGAAAACUUCUACAACUUACUCAGGAGAGAGUACCUGGAAAAUAAACACUAUUACAUUAGCGACGCGGAGAAGCCGCUAAGCUACGAGUUCGAUGAGUACAGCAAGGUGAAGGUGCCGCUGUAUGCGCAGUUUCAGCUGAGGAGGCGAACAGACGCGCCGGUUAGCACAGGGGGAGGGACUCACCUAGAAAGCAGCACGAACAUGGCGAGAAGUGGUAACAAUGGCGAUGGCAAUGGCGAUGGCAAUGGCGAUGGCAAUGGCAAUGGCGAUGACAAUGAUAAUAAUGGCUGUCGCAAUGGUAACAAUGGCGGCCGCACGAACGAAGCGUCCUCCCUCGUGGAGGAAGAAAACUUCGACUACAUCUACAACAGGAAGGAUAAACUGCACGUACUGAGAACGAAGCUGUUUGCACACCUCAAGGCGAGCAACAUCAUCCAGCUGAACGACGAAGACGUGUGCAUCUGUAACGUCAAACUGAAGUACGUCAUUAAACAUCUACGGGGAGUCAUUCCCUACAAAAUUGUCUAUAACAACUCGUACUUUUUUAAUAAAUUUCGUAAAAGGCCAAAUGUACCAACGGAUGCUGACAAAAUUAUAAUUAAAAAAAAACAUAUGCCACAGUUUAAGAAUUUGUACAUACCACAAAAACAAAUACAGGACGAAUUUUUACUAAGUGAUAAAACGAAGCAAAUCAAAAACCUGUGGAAGGUACUCUGCAAGAGUAUCCUCUACGAGCAGGUCAACAAGAAGGCGAUCCAGGACAGGGCUCGCAACAGGGCCAUUUACAAGAUGAAGGAAUUCAACACGGACGUGGAGCGGUACUUUCAAAUUUGA